GUCCGACCCGUGACAUCUACACCCUUCCCCUAUCUCUCACGUGCCGUUUUGGCGCCUAAACUAGUUUCUUCGCUUCGGUCUUUAACAACGGCCAUAAUCCCCCACGAGUUUCAGUUCCCCAAUCCCCUCCCAGCCAAAGCUAGGGUUUUUGAUUCAAUCGUAUCCCCAAAAUCCAAUGAUAAAACUGACAUCAAAAUGAAGAGAAGAAUUCAAGAUACUCACCCUGAAAACCCAUCUCCAAUUCGAAUUUCAUUCCCUGAAGCUCUCGACAGAGGUCGGAGCCACGUAACCCAACGCGAUCCCCAAUCUAAUCGAGAUGAUGGCCCCAAAACUUCUGAGUAUGCGUUUUUCAAGAAACUGAAGAAAGAUGCCGGCCAAAGAUUUGACUCUCAUUCAAUGCAAAGGGAGAAAAACCAACCAAACAAGUUGAAUUCCAGCGAAUGCCGUGGAGUAGAAGAGGGGACCAAAAUUGUAAGGAACAUCUCCAAGUCCUCAGAGGUAACCAACAUUACUAGAAAUUGCUACAAGGAGUUUAGGUCCCCGCUGUCUGUAGCUAAUAUUAGCUCUAAGGAGCUGGGAUCACUGUUGUCCAUAAAAAUUGUUGGUUCUAAGGACUCGAGAUCACCGCUGCCCAUUAACAAUGUAACACGUAUCAACUUUGAUUCAUUCCUCCCACCAGUUGACGGAGCAGCUAAUAACUCGGAGGUCAAUUUAAAGAACGCCUUCUCAACCUUUGAGUCUAUAUGCAGCAUAGAAGAUUGGUUGGAGCAUGAUAGCAACAACAAGAGACUAGGAGGAUCUCAGUCAGAUCAAGUGGACUUAUUUUCUAGAAAGAGACAAAAACUGCGUCAAUGGGCUCAUAACUCAUUUCCUGAGAUAGAGGAACUCUUUUCCAAGGGGUAUGAUCUUAUUUCAAUGCUCCUUAGUCGGCUUUUACCUUGGAGCAAUGAGAAAAAUACUUGCGGAAGUGCUGAGUCUGCACCAAUGGAGAGCAAUACUAAUGCAGAGUUACUUGCCUGCCCUAAGUCAGAUAUUCCUUCUGAGAAACUUUAUAGGUUGCCAAAAAGGAACAACAUGGAAGUUGAAUAUAUGCCAUACUUGGAAAAUGGUACAUCAUGUUAUUGGUCAGACAGAUCGAGGGAGACCAUGCUCUCCAAUAUCUGCUCUCCAACCUAUAAAAACCACAGCACCCUUCAAAAGAAUUUAGAGUUACCUAGCUGUGAACUAAGACGGAAAAAUUUGAUCUCCUGCAUCGAAGGUGAGUCCACUUUUGGCUUUCCAUUGGUGAGACAUGGAUCUUUUCCUCCAUUUAGUUCUUUCAAAGAACCAGAUGACUUGCAUGAUUCAAAUGGAUCUCUGCCUGGAAGAGAGCCACAUUUGCUACUGCUUGAAUGGGAUUCUGUAAACAUUAAUGAAAGGAGCUUAUCAGCAACUUGUCAGAAUACAAAUUGGACUAUAAUUCCUGCAGUACGAAGUUCAUGGGAUCAUAAACAAAUUCUAAAUAAUUGGUGUGAACUAUCUGAUAUACAUGAGUUGUGUUCAUCACCUGUACAGGGAAAUUAUCCCCAAGAUUUUUGUACAUUACUGCCGCCCAAUAGUACCAGCUAUGGUAAGCAUGAUUUUGGAAGAUCAAUUUUAGAAGAAGAGGAAGAAACAGUUGCAGAGUUGAACCAUCUUCCUUUGACCUUAUCACAUUCGUCAAAGGGCCUUAAUCUAAUUGCAGAUUGUGAUCUUUAUGGAAUUGCAUGUAAAGGUAGUGAGACCAAUGACAUUCUCCGAUCUCCUGGAAAUCACUUUGGCUUCAUGAGCAGGGCUUUAGGUGAGGAGAACAGUACUCCUGGUUUUGGAACUCACCUUUCAUUUGCUCUUGAUGUAGAAUGGAAAUGCUUACAAUCAAGCGAUUUAAGAAGAGAGCGAUGCUUAUCUACUUACAAUGAUCUUCAAUUCCUUGAAAAGGAAAUCAUAUAUUCAAACUUUCUUAGUGAAGAUGAAUUUGAGAGUUCCUCUGUUGGUUCAAGUUGUAGAAGCCUUAUGUCCAGUGAAGAUAUGGUAGACAUUCAUGACUGGCAAUCUUUCUAUUUCCAAAUAUCUCGCAACAAAGAUAAGGCAUAUCCCUUGCUGCUUGAUAAAUCAAGUUGGGAGGAUUGCACAGAAGAAACAUAUGAUAGUGAUAAUCAAUUCAAAUGCAUUUGACGCUUUCUUUGCCUUACAUCGUGGUCCUUACUUUUAUUAAGAUGUCGACUGGCUUGAAGCCUAAACAAUGCUGUUAUAUUUUGCACUUCAGCCAACAAGGCACAUGUAGCUAAAUUUUCUAAUCGAAUUAGAAAUGUAUUAAAAGUUUUAGGUGGAUGGAGUUCCUUGAUGUAUUUUGGUGAUCUUACAGUAGUUCAUACCAUCUUUCUUGUGGGAAUUGCCAUUUAGGAUUGUUUGGCUAUCUUAUUAAAAAAUGACUGGUUGAGGUAAGGAUGCAUCAUGUUACAUGUAAGAAGACUUCCAGCUCUGAUUUUUGAAUAGCCUAGAAAUAUUGUGAUAUAUUAGGGGUUAAAAAAUGGCCAAUUGCAUUCUUAGAGUAGCCAUCUAUAGCAAAAAAAAACAAAAGGAUUUUCUGAGUUGGGAAUGAAGUUAUGCAAUUUGCAUUGAAGUUCUCAAUA